UGCAAGUGUCUGCGUCGUUCCCUGCGGAACGGAGGCGUUGGGACACUGGUUUGGCUCGGAGGGCUUGCUCAGAGAGGCACGUUGUAUAGAGGGGAGGGAGUCCCAGCACUUGGUGUCCUGGGUGCUGAUGAACCGAAGGUUCCCGUGCAGUGUUCCUCGCUGAGCUGGUGCUGCAGGGUACAGAGCUGUUGCAACUCUGGUACACGAAGCAAGAGAUAUAACACAGGCUAUCCUCUUACUCUUCUGUGCGUUCUUCCGUCCUUCCAUGAUUUGACACAGGAUGUCCAUGCAAAAACAUCUGACUAUUUCAGACUGCCACAGCCGUUCAGUGAGUGCUCUGGGCUAUCACUCGGCACGCAGGGAGUUUCUGACCGGCUUUGAGGAUGGUGUCAUUAAAUGGUGGGACUUGGAGACUGGACAACUGACCUUUACCGUCUUUGAACACACUGGCAUGAUCACACAGUUACUGUACUGGGUUGAACCCAAACUUCUUUUCUCGUCAUCCAACGAUGGAACUAUAUUGGUUUGGACUAUCGGGGCCACUGUAUUUGAUCGGAUUACGUUAAAUGCCUCGGUAUUUUGCAUGGCAAUCAAUCACCGAAGACAUCAGCUCAUUUGUGGAUUCAAAAACCAGCUCAGAGUCUUUCCCUUGGAUGAAAAGAAAGACUCUGGACACGUGCUAGAUCUGGGGAAGAGCUUCACUAACCACAGGCAUAAAGACAUUGUGUCAGCUGUGGUCUGUCUUGAUACACGGAUAUAUUCUCUGCUGGUGAGUGCUAGUAAAUACGACAAGAAACUCAUCAUUUACAACACCAGUUCGUAUCCAAACAGCAGAACCCUGCAGGUCGUCCACUGUAACCCCAGUGCUCAUGAUGCAGGAAUCACAAAUCUAAUGGUUGUUCGAGAAAUGGAGAGCACAAGGCUGGUGACUGGCUCCUUUGAUAAAAGUGUGAAAGUCUGGUCACAGGAUGGACAGCUGGUCCUGAAGCUCCCCUACUUUUCUGGAUUUAUAAGUAGCCUUUGCUUUGUGCCUUGUAUGAACACUGUCUGGAUCUGCAGUGGCGUCCCAUCCCCUUCCAUCUUUGACCCAAGCUCCGGAGAAAUUGUUUCAGAGUCCAUCGAAACUUUCCAAAGUCAAGAGAAUGGGCAACCACUGCAUCAACUGGUCUGCAUCCCUGAAACUAACCACAUAAUAGGUUCCAGCAGGCAGCAUAGAGACCUGACGGUGUGGAAGUACAAUAAGAUGGGCUCCGUCACGAUGUUACGUAGCAAGCAACCAGUGGAUUGCCUGAGCUACACCCAGAAGGAGCCGAUACUCCUUUUCAGUGGACACAGUGAUGGGACACUUCUAAAAUGGGAACGACAACAGUCAUCUUACUUUUUGUACAGUCAUGAGUUGUUCAAUAUAUUUGAAACACAGUCCAUAGAAAAGGACAGGUACAGCAGCGCCAAAGUGGCAAGGAUGUCCAGUCGCUGCAAAGCCCUGUCAGCCCGUCGUCCUGUAAGUGUGCCUCUAAGCAGAGUAGAGGAAUCAUCUGGAGUCAAGACACUGCGUGAAUCCACCAUCCCACUCAGCUUUACCAGGUCGGUGUUUGUGGAAGAGCUGGAUAUGCUGGUCCUCGCUGCUGACAAUGGCAAUAUUUACCUCUGGGGCUUUGAUGACUCUCUGUCCAGUAUUCUCAAGAUGAUGCCCUCAAAAAGGACUCGAGAGCAGAAUAGCACAAGGAAUUUUGAAUACUUGUCCAAGCAAAGGGUUGACAGAGAAUACAGUCCACUUGAAGAGGAGAAUGGUUCGGUCACUAACCGUGUUUCAGGAUUUGUCUGUAAGAAGGUGUUGUCUCAUCACGUUCAGCCUGUGGGAGGAGUCGCCGUGGUUGGAAGAGAUCGAGGCUACGACACUGACUACCUGAUCUCUGGUGGUUGGGACAGGCAAUUAUGUGUGUGGGAUCUGCAAGCAGGUGUGCUGUACAGCACAUUCUCCAACACUGCGCGAGGUGAGGGUGGCAAUAUACCAGAACUGGCCUGUGAUGGUGCCAUUUUAGAUCUUGCCUACAGCACAAAGCGGAAUGAGUUUGCCUAUUCUUCAAGCGAUGGGAUGGUCUACAUUCGCCACUUCAGCCCCAUUGCAAGUGAGAUGAAGCUGGUGAGCAUUCUGCAAGGUCACGAGGCCGACAUCACUUCCAUCUUGUGGCAUUCCCUCUUAAAUAAAUGGCUCAGUGGUUCAGAGGAUGGGACCAUCCGGAUCUGGAGUGAAGAUGGAACACAAUGUAUGCAGAUCCUGGUCACGCAAGAGGCGGUUAAUUGUCUUUGCAUUGAUCAGGUCAAUGGUUGUAUUAUAGCUGGGAUUCAGGAAAACAUGAGUGUUUAUGACCCCGAAACAUUUAUACAAGUGCAGAGAAAUAUUGGACACACUGAUUCAAUCCGUUCCAUCAUCCACAUCCCUGAAAGAACCCAGUACAUUACUGCAUCCUGGGAUCACACACUGCGUGUCUGGAAUGCUUACGUCAAGUUAACUCCCAAAACCAAAGAAAUGAGGGAAAAUGCAAGAAGUACAACGCGUUGAGAGGAAAUAUCAGCAGGGCUUCAAGUUCCUUGGUGGUGAUUUCACUCUGAAAUUAGUUUAACUUAUUCCAAAUCCAGUGAAACGUGAAACUGUUUAUCACCAGUUAACUAUUUAGUUACAUUAUUGCCAUGACGAGUAGCACAGAAUGUGACUGGAUAUUCUGUGGUGAAUGGUUCACCUCCUGAUUCCCCAACUCCUCUGUACCUCCUAGAAGACACAAGUCAGAUGUCUGAUGGAAUGCUUGCCACUUGCCCGGAUGGUUCAACUGCAACAGAGUCCAACACCACCCAAGACAAGGCAGCUUGCCAUUCACUACCUUAGACAACCAUUUUCUCUUCCAGUGACGCACCAUUUUUGGCAAGUUUAUUAUAUAAUGGAUACA